ACUCCCAUGCAAACAUACAACACAGGCAGCCUCGCACUCAUGCUGUCUCUCAAAGUUUGGUCAGACGGAUUUCUCUGGACAUUUGGGAUAUUUACAAUGAGCGGAAGAAGUACAUGAGGACUACUUUAUCGCUACUGCUACUUCAACUGCUGCUACUGCAGUUUGUACCGGGGAGCUUGCAUUUGGAAGUACUUUGGAUAUGUACUUGGAUAUUCAAAUCAGAGGUUGACAAUUGAACUCUGUGACCGAUACUGGUGAAAGAAGAUACAAUGCCUACUGACGACUACACCUACCUCCCCGAUGCGCUGCCCCCUCUGCCUGAAGUGCCGGAUUCUGUGUCGGACCUGACCUCGCGGUGCCCCACCUACCGCCACGCCCCCUCCCGCUACAGCUCCUCCCACAGCAUGGACUCCGCCCUGGACGCCACCGACCGGCCCGUCAGCUACACGUCCACCUCAUCCUCCGCGUCGUCCCGGGACAGCCACUGUUCGCUGGGGAGCCGCUCCACCCUGGUCUCCGCCCCCAUGUCAGACAGGGACUCCGGGGCGAUAAGGUUGGAGCUGGUACCCACGAAGCAGCUGGAGGAGGGGAGCGAUGGGGAGGCCAAAAUGGGGCAAAGGAGACAGAGUAACCCCCAGAUGACAACCACGACAGAGCUGAAGGAGGUGUCCACGAACGGGACAGGGGGACAAGGGCAGCGGACGUAUGUGGACAGGGUGGUGCAGGAGAUAUUGGACACAGAGAGGACAUAUGUGCGCGACCUGCAGAGUAUUGUAGAGGACUACUUGGAGAGCCUCAGUGAGCAGUCUGUGUCUGCUCUGAGCCCCGACGACAAAGUCUCGCUGUUUGGGAACAUCCAAGACAUCUACCACUUCAACAGAAAUCUCUUGGAGGAUCUGGAGAGGUGUAAUGCGGACCCCGUGGCGAUCGCUGAGUGUUUUGUGUCUAAGAGUGAAGACUUCCACAUCUACACCCAGUACUGCACCAACUACCCUCGGUCGGUGGCCGUGCUCACAGAGUGCAUGAGGAACAAAGCCCUGGCCAAGUUGUUCCGCGAGCGGCAGGAGUGUCUGCAGCACUCCCUACCCCUGGGCUCCUACCUGCUCAAGCCAGUGCAGCGCAUCCUCAAAUACCACCUGCUACUGCACGAGAUCGCCAACCACCUGGAGAAGGACACGGAGACGCUGGAGGUGGUCCAGGAGGCCAUCGACACCAUGCAGAGGGUGGCAUGGCACAUCAAUGACAUGAAGCGGAAGCAUGAGCACGCUGUUAGACUGCAGGAGAUCCAGAGCUUGCUGACGAAUUGGAAAGGGCCAGACCUGAUUGGCUACGGAGAGCUGGUCCUGGAGGGAACGUUUCGGCUGCAGCGCGCCAAAAACGAACGCACCCUCUUCCUGUUCGACAAACUACUGCUCAUCACAAAGAAACGCGAGGAGACCUACACCUACAAAGCCCACAUUCUGUGCUGUAAUUUGAUGUUGGUGGAGGUCAUUCCCAAAGAGCCUCUGAGUUUCAGCGUGUUCCACUAUAAGAACCCAAAACUUCAACAUACAGUUCAGGCUAAAUCCCAACAGGACAAGCGCAUGUGGAUCCUGCAUCUCAAAAGACUCAUUCUGGAAAACCACCCGGCCAAGAUCCCAGCCAAGGCCAAGCAAGCUAUUCUGGAGAUGGAUGCAGUGCACCACCCAGGAUUUCACUACAGUCCUGACGGAGACAAGAAGGACUCUCCCCAAACUAAGGAGGGGCCUACUCCACGCAGAGGACGUAGGAAAGAGCCUUUAUCCAAGUUACUGAAGAACGCCAAGCAGAACGCUGCCAACUCUGAUGGAGAGAAGAGGAGCAGUCUAGGGGCCACACUGCUGUCCCCCGUGUCCCAGCUGGCUCUGGGCACCAUUGGGCGGAGCCGCAGUCUCAUCAACCAGUCACAGGAGUCCUUAGACCCAUGUGACCACUAUUACCAUAGCGACCGUGAGGAAGGGGAGGAGCCCCACCAACAGGACGCUGAUGAUGAGGACGACAGUGGCAUCGGGGGUAGUAAGAAACUGAGGGUCCCUGGUAAAGGCAGCAGGAAGAGGCUGAACCCUCAGGGCUCAGUGGACAACAUUGAGCAGUGGAAGGCUUUCAAUAUGAGCCCCGCUGACCUACAGAGAGCCAGAGAAUCCCUCACUCGGGACAGCAGCCGGCACCCUCCACUGCGGCGGUCGUCGCGGGUAACCGAAACUCCUCCCGACUCACCGAUCCCCACCGUGAUCGUCACCCAGACUGACCAAUCAGUGAACAACAUCUGGGCGGACCACCGGGCACGCCGUGCCAUGUUCCCCACCCGCCAGCGCACCAUGCAACCUGACGAGGACGAAGACAUCUACCAAAUGUUCGUCCCAUCUGAAGCUAGCAACGCUGAGCCGGAACCCCGAACUCAGUCUCCCUCUAGAACAGCCCGACCUGUUAGCUGGCAUGUGGAGCAAGUCCCUACAGUGCAAGUGGACCCUCCUCCCUCCAAUGGGAGUAGAGUGCUUCGUAGGGCAAGUAGUGCGGGGGAGAAGGCCACAGAAGCAAAGCAAAGUCCAGAAAGCGACCAGUCUAGCAAUCUUGAAGUCAUCCACACAGAGUCCUCAAGCAAUGAUCUUUCAGCUUCCUCUUCAGCUGAACAACUAAUUCUGGAUGAUAUUGAAAAUGUGUACGACAACAUCAGCUACCAAGAUCUCAAAAAUAUGGGGCUGGUGAGGAGAGAUCUAGAGGAGAAAGACAUCAAAGAAGAACACGCGGAAAGCCCGGUGCCAACAAUCGAACCGGAAUCGUCAUCGAAAAGCAACAGGUCAUCAACACAAGAAUCAAGACCUUUUGAGAUUAAUGUUGAGGAAGAAAAUAUCUAUGAUACGAUAUGUUUUAGAAAACCACCAACGAAAGACACAAAAGUUGACAUUGAACAAGAACGGGACAGUUUAUUGGCAUCAGAGCAGGACUUGACCGAAAGUCUAAAAGGAUUUCUGUCUGAAGAAAGUUUGCAGUUUGAAGACGAGGCAAACAACAAUGUCAAUCCCUGCUCGUCCGAUGUAGAUCUAUCUUCAUCAAGUGCUUCCGAAAUGUUCCUGACACAGAAAGGGGAUAAAAUGUCGGAGCGGGUGGACGAGAUUUGGAAUGACUUGGAAAACUACAUCAAGAUCAACGAGAAGAAAGCUGAACGUUUACCCGCAGCAUUUCCAGUUAAUGAAUCCUCGCCAAAGAAAAAGUCUUCAAGUAAAACAAAAAGUCUACAACAAACUUCUAGUCCUCCUUCAAGGAAGCCUUCCACGCCAGUGUUUAAGAUUCCAGUCAUCAACAUACCCGAUAUUGAAGUAACAAAUGAAGAGGAACUAGCCAACGCAACUUGUCAAACUCCGACUAUGACAACGCCAGAGCCCGAGCAAGGAACAGUCAAGAGCAUACGCAACCGGCUAGCGCGCCUUAGCAGUGGCAGUUUCCGACUGGACGAGGAUGAUGACCUUGUUGAACUUCCACCAAAGUCUCCAUCCUCAAAAGACCUCUUGUUCCCGAGCGAAUUAGCGAAUCUAGAUUCGCCACUAGCUUCGAGUUCGUUAUUGUUGGGCGAUUCCGUGGACUUUCCAUUGGAACUGAUGGACAAAACCAAAAGUAGGGUGUUCCUGAUGGCACGGCAGUACAGUCAGAAGAUCAAAAAGGCAAACCAGCUGCUGCGCAUGAGGAGCAUGGAUCCCGGGGACACGUGUAGUCGGGCCAGAGCCGAGAAGAAGCAGAAGGACCUGGCCGCAAUCUUGGAGGAGAAGAAGCAAGGAGGUGCAGCUAUAGGUGCACGGAUCGCCGAGUACUCCCAGCUGUAUGACCAGGUCAUGUUCCCCCCAGGAUCCUCCGCCUCCGGUCCCACUACACCCACCCCCCCUCACCACCACCACCCCCACCUCUCCUCCUCCCCCUCCCUACCUGAGACCACCUCUGAGCAGGACUGGCUCCACUCCACCUACAGCAACGGCGAACUGGCUAGCUUCAUCUCCUCCCUAUCUACUGAUACCCCCCAGCUCCGCGCCUCUUCUACCCCUUCCUCUACCCCGCAACGCCCUCCCAUUCCCCCCAGUCCCACUUCCAAAACAUCCCAGUCCACCCCCAUAUCCCAGCGCUGGAGCUCCUGCGUGUCCGCCCCAUCCGAAAAAGAGGAGCAUGUGUAUAGCACUAUUAAGAGACAUACAUCUUUCAAUGCGCCGUCUUUACCUGCGAAAAUGCUAGCCGAGCAAGAGAAGAAACCUAAAAGCAACAGGUCUUCUGGACACUAUCCGAGCUUGGGGCGCACCGGUCGGCACAACAGCCUUCCGGAAAGCACGGACAUCACCUUACAAGACGGGCAGCAGGUCGUAGUUCUAAACCGGAAUUCUGCGUUGAGCAUUCUAACCGCCACGCAAAACUACCUAGCCAAUUUCAAGGACAAUGGCGAGGACGAUGACGAUUACGUAGAGAUCCGAUCCGAAGACGAAAGCGAGCCAGACCGCAACAGCAAUUUCGGAUCGCAGAACUUCCCAAAAGGCCAGACGCAGUCGCACAGCUUGCCGAAUACGCCGCUCCAUACACGUGAUUCGCUGAGGUCCCUAGAGCGCCAUCACCUUGUGGAGAAGUACUUGUGGAACGAGCAGCAGCAUCACAACCAACCCAAAAUUGUUCAGUCGUUGAGAGAGAAAUUGCAGUGUCUUAGCUCGAGUAGUUUUGCCUAAACAUGUCAUGUAUUCGCAGCAUGUUGGACACUUAUGGGUGAAUACCAUUUCUGAUGCCUCCUACAUUAACUCCUUGAUUCCUUAGCCAAACCCCGCCCACUUAAGCAAGGUAAGCCAAUAGGAAACGCCGUGUCUCUCUCCUAUUGGCUGCUUUCUUUAGUGAGAAGGUUUUGCAGCUUAGGAAUUGAAAGAGAUUUAGACCUACUUUACCAUUUUAAACAAUAUGCAGUCCACUCUAGUAUCUUUCAACAUAGCAAAAUUAACCAGAUAUCUCUUUGUUACAGGGCUUUCAUAGGUUAACUGUGCCAUAAUUGAUCUUGCCUUAGCACUUUUCAUUUGUACAUUGAUUACUGGUCACCACAACUUGGUCUGUACACCUCAAAGUUUCCAAUUAGCCUUGAUUUGUAAUAGAAUUUUUCAUGAGCAUAUUGCCACAAUGCCACUUGAAACAAAUGAUAACUUUCCAUAUUACCUUUGGGUUAAAGGGCCCAUAUUAUGCCAUCUUUUUAUCUAUAUUAUGUUGUUUCCUCAUCAAAAACAUACCUGGAGUUGUGUUUUGUUUUAUUCAUUUGUUUAAGAUCCUGCAUGUUUAGGCUGAAUUCUUCUCUCAAUUAGAAAACACUCUGUUCCACCUCGUGAUGUCAUGUGGUAAUACAGGAAGUACUCAGCUGUGUUUUUAAACUCCAAGAUGGAACAAAAUAUUUUGAGCUUUGGAGAUGUAGACAGACUAAUAAUAAAGGGUUACUCAAACAUACGUGGAUGAAACAAAACACAACUCUGGGUACGUUUUUGAGGAGGUAACAGUAUUUUUACAUGGCUUAAAGUUCACAAGAGUCAGUUUUGCGUAAUAUAGGACCUUUAAACAAUAACAUACAUACAUUGGCUUGUGUUUCUAUUGGCUAUCAAACUUGCAAUAUAAGCUUUUUAGCAUUUAGCAUUUUACUGACAAGCUUUUAGCAGUAAUAAGGAAGUCAAACUCGUACCUAUUGUGGCUAGUGAAUUUAGACUUCAGCUAUAAAAGUGUCAAUAGCGUAUCCUGCUUUUAAAAUAUCUAUAAGAUCUAUCUAUUUAUUUUCAAUAUGUGAGUGAAUAUAAUGGGUUGAAGUUUUAAAUGGUUUUAACAUAAAGGGACCAGGAAGGAGCAUGUUGGAGGUAGAAAUUCUACAGUACUGUUUUGUUUAUUCUCUUUUAUUUUUUUUUUAUUUACAAUUUCUGUUCAAGGGACACUAUAUCGCACUACUGAACAAAAUUUUUUUAGUUUUUUUUGCCAAAUUUGAAGCCGCACCCAGUUCGCACAUUUCAACUAAAGUUCACAUGCAAACCACAAAUUUCUCUAAAUGUAUUCUAUUCAUAUGUCAAUGCACCUCUUUACAAUUAUCACAUGAAACUGUAAAUGGAAACUAAUUGUAUUUAUUUAAACUUCAAGAGGCUCACAAAAUUGACACCACUUCUGUUACACAAACCACAAAAUCACAAAAUCUGGUCUUUUUUGUUUUGUUUAAGAUGUGUAGAUUCUAAUGAUGGAAAUAUUUUUGAAAAAUGAAGUAUGUUUAUGUCCACGUGAGUCUCUGUUUCACUGGUGGGGUCGGGCCGAUAUCAUUGACUCUUUUUUUGCACUUUUUUUCUCUAAUUUUUACAUUUUAUUUGUAAACUCUUUGUAUAGAUGUACAUUUAGGAGCAUUAUUCUCGUAUGCCAUAGGUGUGACUUCUUUUUUGUCUUUUUAAGUUAAGUGUACUGGAUUUUGUAACUGCCUUGUUGUCUUUGCUCAACAGAAUUGUACUGCAGGAAAUAAAUAUAAAGUAAAUUUUAACUAU